CAUUUUUUUUGUGAUAUAGGUCUAAAUACCUGUAGAAAUCAGUGUAAAGAAAGAAAAGUUGUACACAAAUAACCAUCGGCCGAAAUUUAUACAUGCGACGCAUGCUAGAGAGCAAUAAUGAAGUUACACUGAUCGGCAAGCAGCCGGCCACAUUUGGAGUGUUAUUAACAAUGAUAUGAAAUUAAAGGAACCUUAAUUCGAGGGUUAUCAUGGUUAUAUAGAAAAAAAAUCCGAUCAACGACAACAUGACGCAAGCUACUUUUGCUUUCCUCCUCGCCAUCGUCGGCUUUUCCUCGGCACAGGUGUUCCGACCAGGCCCAUGUCCCGACGUCCGACCCGUCGAUGACUUCGACGUCCGUCGCUACGCCGGACGCUGGUACGAAAUCGCCAGGUUUUUCAACUCUGCAGAGAGCGGACUGAAAUGUCAGUCUCAGUAUUACACGUUGGAAGACGGCUACCUCCUCAGCAAAGAGACCGGAUUGGGCGCCCACGGCCAGGAGGGUUACUCGUACGAAUCGAAAAUGUACAAUCCUACAUUCGACUGGAAAAUUGGAAUACUAUACUACGCCUGGCCUCACCGAAGUAAAGUUGUAUUCCGAAUACCAUUGGUCGAUUACGAUAAAUACAGCGUCAAUAUCAUCUGCCAAGAAUAUUUCCAGGGCUUCGCUAACAUCCAGUACGCCUGGGUCAUCGCUCGUGAUCGCACGAUGUCGGAAGAAGAUUACAGCGACAUCAUGCGACGCCUCAACUCCAUGGGCAUCGACGUGGAGGAGUUCAUUAUGGCGGACCAGACAGAUUGUCCCAACUACGACGACGGCAACGAAGACGAAGGUGGAAAGAGUUUAACACGGAAAUGAUCUUCCGAUUAUUGUAAAGUCAAUGCACCUAGAGUGACUCGAUUCUCUAUCUAUUUUAUCAUAGUUCCUUCAGUUGUUCAGAAGAAAAUAUAUUUAUAUAUUUUUUACAAGAAAUCACGGAACUUAUCGACGAAGCUUUUAUCCUCUUCCAAAGAACUUAUGAAUUACAAGGGUAAAGUUUUUUAAAGUAAAAAAAUCUAUAUCAUUUGUUAUUAUCUAUUACAUACAGUAAAAUGUUAAUCAUCUAAUGAAAUGGAUCCUUCUGUUUUGAUUUUGUAAUGCACAAGCAUUUUAGCUUGUUGAAUAUGUGGAGAAAUUUAUCUAUCUAUCUAUCUAUCAGGUACAUCAACUAAAUUUUGAAACAGUGAUCUAUCUUCAUAAGAGCGCCUUGACCAUCCAAUUAAAGAUUAUGUUCACAAUACUUCUAUAUACAUGUAUAUAAUUAUUAUAUUAUUAUUAUUACGCUUAUGGAAUAAUUUCUUUCCGAAACAGUACAUAAUUAAUUGCCAUAUUUGAAUUCACUUGUUAGUUACCUAUUUCAUUAUUAACAAUAACUUUUAAAAAAAUCUCCAUGCCUUAAAUUGAAGUCCAAAAGGUUUCUCCAAGAUAAUCACUGUCUGAUUUAACUCUUCAUCACUCAAACCCUCAUACUUUUUGGAUACCCUUUUACGUACACUUUUGAAUCCCUGUCGUUAUCCUACUGUAUAUUCAGUUCAUGAUAUUGAUCAUAGAGAUCCGUUUGUGAGAGCCGGCGGGGUAAGACUCUGAAGACCUUUCAUUUCUCUCUUUCCAAUUUUCUCUUUCUACUUUCAGUUUUCCCAUUUUUUUUUCAUUUAACUGGUUUAUGCUCAAGAUGUAAUUUUAAUUUUUUCUAUACUAUCUACAAAAAUAUUUUCAUAAGGAUGCAGUACUAUCCUAGCUUUCAUCUCUCUUUUUCCCAUUGUUCCCUUUCUAUUUUCAGUUUUCCUAUUUUUUUUCAUUUAACUGGUUUAUGCUAAAGUUGUUAUUUUGAUUUUUUCUAUACUAUCUAUAAGAAUAUUUUUAUCAGGAUGCAGCACUAUCCUAGCUCUGCUAUAAUAAUUUGAUUAUUAGUUUUUGUACGUAGAAAUUUGCUAUAUGUUUUCUUGCUUUGAUUUGCAUAUCAAAAUGUACGAAACAAAUUGUAAUUUGUUGAAAUGGAAAUAAACGAAA